CGGGCAAGAUCCAUGUGUCAAUGUUACGCACAGAACAAAAUAAAAAGACUCUUCUUUUCUCUUUCUUCUCUCUAAUCUCUUCUCUUUCUCUUCUCUUCUCUUCUCUAGGGAGAGAGGUUUCCUCCGACUUUCCGAUGAAACUUUUUUUUCUUCAAUUUCCCCGGAAAAUCUGGGAACCCUAGGAAUCUGAGCUGAUUUUUUUACUUUCCUUUCAUUUUUCUUUUGUUUAGCUGUCAUCUUGUUGACAAGCAAUAUCAACCCUCUAGAGCUAGUGGCUAGAGGAAGAUUCGAUUGUUUAUUCGCUGGAUUUUUUAAAGCGGUCUUCGUCUUGAUUUGUGAAGCUUUUGUUAGUUCGAGACCUCUUAUUUUUUUCUUGCGUUGAUCAUGGAGAGAUCUGAUUCUAGAGAUCUCUACAGCUUAGCUCGGGCUUCCUCAGAUAAUAUUAAUAAUAGUACACUCUUUGACGCAUCUCAAUAUGAGUUCUUUGGUCAAAGUCUUGAAGAAGUGGAAUUGGGAGGUCUUGACGAUGAUGCUGCUCUUCUUGGACAUGCCGAUGAUGAAGAGUAUCACUUGUUUGAUAAAAGAGAGGGUGCAGCUUUAGGAUCAUUAUCUGACAUGGAUGAUCUUGCAACAACUUUUGCAAAGCUGAACAGAGUUGUAACAGGGCCCAAACACCCUGGAGUAAUUGGUGUCAGAGGAUCAGGUUCCUUUUCAAGGGAAAGUUCGACUGCUACAGAUUGGACACAAGAUAAUGAGUUCACAAGCUGGUUGGACCAGCACAUGCUUGAAGAACAAGCUCAAGAAGCUACCUGGCCUUCGCAGCCACAAUCAUCUGCUAACUCAAAACCUUUGUACAGGACAUCUUCAUAUCCUCAGCAGCAGACACAGCUGCAGCAUUAUAAUAGCGAGCCGAUCAUUGUACCGGAAUCGACGUUCACGUCUUUCCCUUCACCUGGCAGCAACAGAUCUCAACUAUCUUCACCGAGCCAUAUUCAUCGUGCUCCUUCUCUCCCUGGUGGUAGUCAGCUGACCUUCUCUGCUCCAAACGUCUCUCCUCUCUCAAACUCUACUCUCCUUCUUCCGGGUUUGUCGUCACAUGGACCGCCUCAUUAUGGUAGUAACUUGGCUAGGUAUGCCUCAUGUGGUCCUACUCUUGGUAACAUGGUGCAACCUCCUCACUGGGUCACUGACCCCGGCCUUCUGCACGGGGACCAUUCCGGUUUAUUACACAGUCUGGUGCAGCAGCAACUUCAGUUGCCUCCUCGGAAUGGUUUCACUUCACAACAGUUGAUCUCUCUUCAGCAGAGACAGUCUCUAGCUCACCUUGCUGCAUUACAAUCUCAGCUGUAUAGUUCGUAUCCUUCACCAUCACAUAAAGCUCCUUUUGGUGCUGGUGAAGUAAGGGAACACAAACACAAGUCAUCUCAUAGAAGCCGAAAGAACAGAGGCAUAUCCCAACAGGCUUCGGAUUUGUCUAGCCAGAAAAGCGAGACCGGGUUGCAGUUUAGAUCAAAGUGCAUGACGUCAGAAGAGAUAGAGAGCAUUCUCAAGAUGCAGCAUUCCAAUUCACACAGCAACGACCCAUAUGUCAAUGACUAUUACCACCAAGCCCGGCUUGCCAAAAAGCUUGCCGGGUCUAGAGCAAAGACUCAAUUCUAUCCUUCUCAUCUCAAGGACCACCAAUCUUCUUCUCGGUCACGUAAUGGUUCAGAUCAGCAGCAACCACAAGUUCACGUGGAUGCUCUUGGAAAGAUUACUCUUCCUUCUAUUUGCAGGCCACGAGCCUUACUCGAGGUUGACUCUCCUCCUAAUCAUGAGGGAUCUGAGAAGCAUCUAGAGCAAGAACCUCUUGUUGCAGCUAGGGUCACAAUUGAAGAUGCUUUUGGAGUUCUUAUUGACAUAGUUGACAUUGAUAGGACUCUCCAAUUCAACCGGCCACAAGACGCAGGUGCUCUGCUCAGGAGAAAACGGCAGAUUUUGCUAGAAGGUUUAGCAACAUCGCUUCAACUUGUUGAUCCCUUCAGCAAAACCGGCCAGAAAACUGGUUUGACCGCCAAGGAUGAUAUAGUCUUUCUACGCAUAGCGACUCUUCCCAAGGGUAGGAAACUGCUCACAAAGUAUCUACAACUUCUCGUUCCCGGUUCUGAGAUUGCUCGCGUUGUCUGUAUGGCUGUGUUCCGCCACCUCAGGUUUCUGUUUGGUGGCUUACCGUCAGACAGCGUUGCAGCAGAGACAAUAUCUAAUCUUGCCAAAGCAGUUACGGUUUGCGUCCAAGCAAUGGAUCUCCGAGCACUGAGUGCUUGUCUUGCAGCUGUGGUUUGUUCUUCGGAGCAGCCACCUCUCCGUCCAAUAGGAAGCCCUUCCGGUGAUGGAGCAUCGGUUGUAUUGGUAUCUCUUCUCGAGAGAGCUGCUGAAGUAGUGGUUGGGGUUCCACGUGUCAACCAUGGGAGCUCCAACGAUGGACUCUGGAGAGCCUCGUUUGAUGAGUUCUUCUCACUUCUUACCAAAUAUUGCAGGAGCAAGUAUGAGACGAUCCAUGGUCAAAACCAGGACAAUGCAGCUGAUGUGUUGGCUAUAAAGAGGGAAAUGCCUGCUGAGCUUUUACGUGCGAGUCUGCGUCAUACAAAUGAAGACCAGCGGAAUUUUUUACUGAACUUUGGUCGUAAAGCAUCACCGGUUAGCGAGGCAGCGACACGUGCAAGGGGUGGUCAGAUCAGCUCUGAAUCUGUGAGGGGUUAAGUUGAACCAUAUAGGAAACAAACUGUGAGGUCAUAUGGAUUAAAGAGUCCGGGGCAUGGAAAACUUGUGAAGUAGCUGGUGUAGGAAUCUUUCACAAGGCUCAGGUGAUACAUGUUUUUUUAUUUUAAAUAGAUUGUGUGUUUUAGUUCUCUUUAAACUUCAUAAUCCUUAAUCCUUCUGGUGGGGAAAGAAAGAUUGAAAGUGGGGAGUUGGUAAAACCGGAAAGGAGAAAGAAAUGAAAAUCCGGGGAGAGAGCUGUAUUUUUUGGUGCUCUGUGAUGAAAACUCCUAUUUGUAGGACUCAUUAGGGUUUUUAGGAGUUUGGAAGGAGACUUGUGUUUGUGACUCUGUACAGACUGAUGGUGAAUGAAGAAGAAUGGUGAUGGUAGCUAAGAAGGCUUUUUGUUGUCUUAGCAUCUUUGUGGGUCUGUUUGAAAUUAUGUGCAUUGUAAUAAUAAGGAACGCAUAAUCUUUUUUCAAAAAUGUUGUUUCUAUUGGAUCAUGUCUUGAACCUCCAAUUUGGUCGUUGUUAGUUGAAUGUAUACUUCUGUAAUUUUAAGAAGUUGAAACUUGAAA